AACCCUCUCAAAACCUCUUAUUCUAUGCGCCGCUGGUUCUCUGCUUCAACGGUUCUUCUACCCAUUCAGUCUUAUUGUCCGACCUUCCCGUCGCUCCGUGCGUAGCCGUCGCCUCCGCAGCAGUCCUGCUCUUCAACCAUAGUACCAGUGCCAGGGUUUUCUUGUUGAGUUGCUCGCAUGGCUAUAGAUAGUGGCAACAAAGACCAGUCGCAUAAGCCUCAUCGGCUUCGCCAAUCAGGUCCUAAGAAGAAAUCAAAAUCUGAUAAAAAGAAGAAGCCGCAUGACGACUCAAAGGAGGAAAAUAGGAAAAACCCUAAGGCAUUUGCUUUUACAUCAACUGUUAAAGCCAAGCGUUUGCAGUCACGAGCUGUAGAGAAAGAGCAGCGCAGGCUUCAUGUGCCUGUUAUUGACCGCUCUUAUGGUGAACCUCCUCCUUACGUUGUUGUAGUUCAUGGACCACCUAAGGUUGGCAAGUCUCUGUUGAUAAAAUGUCUUGUAAAACAUUAUACGAAGCAUAAUUUGCCGGAGGUUCAAGGCCCGAUGACCAUUGUGUCAGGUAAGCAAAGGAGAGUUCAGUUUGUGGAGUGUCCAAAUGACAUCAAUGGCAUGAUUGAUGCUGCAAAAUUUGCUGAUCUAGCUUUGCUGUUGAUAGAUGGAAGCUAUGGCUUUGAAAUGGAGACCUUUGAAUUUCUCAAUAUUUUGCACGUUCAUGGAUUCCCAAAGGUUAUGGGAGUUCUUACUCAUCUUGAUAAAUUCAAGGAUGUGAAGAAACUUAAGAAAACAAAACAGAGACUCAAGCACCGUUUCUGGACAGAAAUAUAUGCUGGAGCAAAGUUGUUCUAUCUGUCUGGUCUUAUACAUGGAAAGUACCCUAAGCGAGAGGUCCACAAUCUUGCACGGUUUAUUUCUGUUAUGAAGUUUCAGCCGUUAUCGUGGCGAACUUCUCACCCAUAUGUUUUAGUUGAUCGUUUUGAAGAUGUAACUCCCCGUGAACGAGUGCUUAUGAACAAUAAAUGUGACCGAGAUGUCACACUUUAUGGUUAUUUGCGGGGUUGUAAUUUGAAAAGGGGGACAAAGGUGCAUAUUGCUGGUGUUGGUGAUUAUAGCUUGGCUGGUGUUACAGCCUUAGCCGACCCUUGUCCUCUACCAUCAGCUGCCAAAAAGAAGGGCUUGAGAGAUAAGGAAAAACUAUUUUAUGGACCCAUGUCUGGCAUUGGGGAGCUGCUGUAUGACAAGGAUGCUGUUUUCAUAACCUUGAACGAUCACCUUGUUCAGUUCUCUAAAGCUGAUGAUGAAAAUGGGGCAACAAAAUGCAAAGGAAAGGACCAAGAUGUGGGUGAGGUUUUGGUGAAAUCACUACAGAACACAAAAUAUUCAAUUGAUGAGAAGUUGGAGAAUAGCUUCAUCAAUCUUUUCAGUAGGAAUCUUACAUCAGAAACUCAAAAUGAUGUAAAUGUUAAUAAUGAGAAGCAGAGUUAUGAUAUAGAGCCUUUGAAGCAGGAUAAGCUUUUGGAACAAAUUGAACCUGAUAUAUUUAGAGAAGGAAGUGAUACUGAAGAUCUGGAUGAUUCAGAAUCUUCUGAUCAAGAUGGAAUGGCUGAAAUAGAUGCUUCAGUACAUGAUGAAGACAGCGGAUCUGAUGAUGAGCAUGGUGAACCAUCGAAUCAUCAAGCUAAUCUUAAAGAUCACAUGAAGGAACAAAUUGAGUUUCAUGGUGGAAGACUCAGGAGAAAAGCUAUAUUUAGAGACGCCAUUGAUGAUAAGGAUCUGAAGGACUCCGAUGAUGGGAGUGAAGAUGAUGAUGAUGAUAUGGAUAAUCAAUCAUAUUCUGGUUCAGAUGGUUUGGGGGAAGAUGAAGAGGAUGAAGAAGCAGAUGAGGAUAGCCUGGGCAACUUAUCGAAGUGGAAAAAGUCUUUGGUUGAAAGGACUAUCUCAAGAAAAAAUAUUAAUCUAAUGCAACUUGUGUAUGGGAUUUCUGCAUCAACGACUACCGUUAAUGAGAAGCAGGAAAUUGGCGAUGACGAGGAAAGUGAUGGAGAUGACUUUUUCAAGCCAAAAGGGGAAGGAAAUAAGAAAUUGAGCGAAGGAUUGGAUGGCACAAAUAGCAAUACUGAGGACUGUUCCAAAUUUGCAAAUCAUGCAGAUCUUAAAAACUGGAAAGAGGAAGAGAUAUACAAAGGCAUCCUUUAUCGAUUUGUUAAACGUGGCUGGUCAAAAGCUUCCCGAAGAAAUGAACCCCCUGAGACCAAUGCUGAAGAUGAUGAUGAUCAAGUCUAUGGUGACUUUGAAGAUCUGGAAACAGGUGAGAAGUUUGAGAGCAGUCAGAAAGAUGAAUCUGGUAAUGGUGCUAUGGAGACAGAAGAUGAGCUUGCAAUUGAGGAGCGGAGACUAAAAAAGCUUGCACUUCGUGCAAAGUUUGAUGCUGAUUAUGAUGGAUCUGAAUCACCUGAGGAGGAAGUUGAUGAGAAAGAAGGACAAGCUGAUGAAAGUGGAUAUAUUGAUAAGUUGAAGAAGGAGAUUGAACUUCAGAAACAACGGAAUAUUGCUGGACUUGAGGAUCUUGAUGAGGAAACUCGAUUAGACAUAGAGGGCUUUCGAACAGGGACAUACCUAAGAUUGGAAGUUCAUAAUGUUCCUUUUGAGAUGGUUGAGCAUUUUGAUCCCUGCCACCCAAUUUUGGUUGGAGGACUUGGUUUUGGCGAGGAAAACGUUGGAUAUAUGCAGGCUAGGUUAAAAGGGCACAGGUGGCACAGGAAGAGGCUGAAGACUAGAGACCCCAUAAUUGUUUCCAUAGGUUGGAGGCGUUACCAAACCACUCCCGUCUAUGCAACUGAGGAACGCAAUGGAAAGCUUCGCAUGCUCAAGUACACUCACGAACACAUGCACUGUCUUGCCAUGUUUUGGGGUCCACUUGCUCCUCCCCACACUGGGGUGGUUGCUGUCCAGAAUUUAUCAAACAAUCAGGCAGCAUUUCGGAUAACUGCAACAGCAGUUGUACUGGAGUUCAACCAUGAAACAAGGAUAAUGAAAAAACUCAAGUUGGUUGGUUACCCAUGUAAGAUCUUCAAGAAGACUGCACUUAUCACAAAUAUGUUUACGUCAGAUCUUGAAGUGGCUCGGUUUGAAGGUGCUGCUGUUAAAACUGUCAGUGGGAUCCGAGGGCAGGUGAAAAAGGCUGCAAAAGAGGAGAUUGGUAACCAACCCAAGAAGAAGGGAGGGGCACCAAGAGAAGGGAUUGCCCGUUGUACCUUUGAGGACAAGAUUCUAAUGAGCGACAUUGUUAUACUGCGGGCAUGGACUCAAGUUGAAGUUCCUCAGUUCUAUAAUCCAUUGACCACAGCAUUGCAACCUCGUAGUGCUACUUGGCAAGGAAUGAAAACUGUGGCUGAAUUAAGGAGGGAGCACAAUCUUCCUAUACCUGUUAACAAGGAUUCACUGUACAAACCAAUUGAAAGGAAACCCAGGAAGUUCAACCCAUUGGUGAUACCCAAGUCUUUACAGGCAGCCCUUCCAUUUGAAUCCAAACCAAAGGACAUACCCAGUCGUAAAAGACCUCUUCUUGAAAAUAGAAGAGCUGUUGUAAUGGAGCCUGGAGAGCGAAAGCUUCAUAUGCUAAUUCAACACCUUCAAAGAAUUAGACAGGACAAGAUGAAGAAGCGAAAGCUUAAGGAAGAACAGAAGAGAAAAGAAUAUGAAGCAGAUAAAGCUAAGGAUGAACAAUUGACAAGAAAGCGUCAAAGAGAACUACGGCGGGAGAGAUACCGAGAGCAAGACAAAAUGAAGAAAAAAAUGCGCAGAAACUAGGAGAACUGAUCGUCCAAAGACUAGAUUUCAUUUGUCUCGUGCUGAAGAUAUGGUGCACAGUUUAGAUAGCAAAAUGACCAACUGUGAGUUUACUUCAGCACUCAGACCAUUUUUUAUCGGGAGAUUGUGGGUGUAAUAGUCUAGAGCCAUCAAUUGCAAUUCAGAUCAUCAUCAACAUGUAACAUUUCUGAGUACAAUGAUUUGAUGAAAGAGUUUUGUUAAGGGUCUUGAAGUGUCAAGGGCUUUGAGAAUCAUAGUUUAGAAAUUUCAUAUUAUAAUUUACCAGUCAAAAUUUUGAAGAUGUUAACAUUAGAAGUACGUGGGAACUGUGUCUCGCUAUGUCAUGAACUUCAUAUUGCAGAGGCAGGCAAUGCCUGAAAAAAUAUAUAGAAAAAUAUUUAUUGUGAUGAAAAAUCAAAAGAGAAGGUGAUGCUUUUUUCUAA